AUGCUUCGGGUCUUAGGCAAAAGCGGCGUCGAAAAAAACCUUCCUGCGAAAAUUCAUCAUGUCUGUGGAAUUACUAUAAGCGAGGCUGAUUGCCUUCCAAAGUUGGUCUGCAGAAAGUGCGAAGCAUUUGUCUCCAAGGUGAGCGACUUCAAACAAAAGAGUUGGAAUAUUCAAAGUGAACUUGAACUGGAACAAAAGUGUUCAGUGAAGCGUUGCACGGAAUUGUCGCCAUCUUGUAAACAACCCUCGAAGCGCGCGGCUACCGAGAUCCCCAGAAAAACCUCCGUAAAACAGCUUAUGUUCGGACAAAAACCAGUCCAGUUUAACGAAGGCGAACAUCAGGAACCCAUGGAAGAGGAAAAUUCGUCCGCACGUGGGCUUAACAAUGCCGAAGACGCUACCUGA